CAAUUUGUUUAGUCACUGUUCGAUUCUUCGAAACACAACACGCGAAGAAUUUUAUCAUUUAAACAUUUUUUUUUCGUUUUUCUAUAUGUGUUUGAAAGAAACAGCUGGGCUCCAUAAUAGUAGCCGAAAAUUUUUUGCUGUCAAUUUAUGUUAAUAUUAAAAUUUGAUAAUGCAAAAUUUCGUAAAUUUUUUCCUACAAAAUCAAAUUUUUGUUAAAUAACACACAAAAUAUAACAUAUAUAGUGUAAGGCACAAUAUUUUCUUGCCUAAAAAAAAAAAAAAUUUCUAAUAGUGACAGUGUUUUUCAUCACAACGCAACAACUAAAAAAUCCUGAUAAAAUCAUUUUUGAAGUUCAAAAAAAAAAAAAAAAAUCAACAACAAUGAGAGGUUCGAAAAGAGACUGGAUGUUUAGAGUCAAGGUGAAUGGUUUGGCAAAAAACGAAAAUGUUUACGUAGUGGGUAAUGUACCCGAAUUAGGAACUUGGAAUCACAUUGAAGCUGUUCAGCUUCAAUCAGAAAAAAAUAGUAAUUCAAAUUCGCCAGUUUUAUUCGAUAAUAAUGAUGGGGGAUCAGGAGAUGUAUUUGAUGAUCAAAAUGCCUCGCGAGAAAAUUUAGUUAACGAACCUGAUGAAGGACAAAUAUUUUCACAAAACAUUGAAUUGCCAACCGAUGUUAAUGUGGAAUUUCGUUAUUUUAUUGCCGUUGUUUGCCAAUUAAAUGAAAUUAAAAAUCCAACACAGACGCUUAUUAUUCGAAAAUGGGAAACACAUAUGACGCCUAGACUCAUUAAAAAAGACAAAGUUAGCAACAUAGAAGAAAAUUCCUUGCCAGAGCCAGAACAAUUUGGCUACAAUAAUGGAUAUUUUAAAAUUGAAAACGGUUGGCUUACCGAAGAAACUGUAAUACAAUUUAAAAUAUUUAAUAAUCCAAUUAAACUUUGGAAAAAUCGUUUGCAAAAUAGAAAAGUUCACAUCAAAAUGACACCUGUUAAUUUGGUGAGACAUAAUUCUAUCGAGAUGCCACAAUUGGGUGGUGAUUGUGUGGACGACAGUCUUUCCAUGGAUACACAAGAUAUUGUGGAUCAUCCUGCUUUCAGUAUUACGGAAAUUGCUGUGAUGAAUGAUGAAGAAGCUCACUUCAAGUAUCAAGCACAGUUUGGUCGCGAGUACAAUGAAGACGAUUUUGUAAUAUUCAAUGUGGCUGUUCGUUAUCCCGAGACUAUUGCAUAUUUAGUGGAUUACUAUGUGUAUAGUUCAAGAUCUACUCCUGAUGAGCCACCAAAUCACAUUGGCUUCAGCUACAUUUUGCCAUCAACUUUACAAUCUAGCGUUGGAAUUAUUACUGUACCGAUAACUAGUACAAAACACAGACCAAUUGGACAACUAACUGUGGAAUAUGUAAGAAUAAGGCCAAUUGCAGAUCAAACUUGGGACAUGAGUAUUUCCUAUGCUAAACAUUGGGAAGAAAGAUGGUCUGGUUUAGAUGUUGGUCACAGGGGUUUAGGAACAUCAUUUAAAUUUGAAAUGAAGAAUUGCGCAAACGUACGUGAAAAUACAAUUGCAUCUUUAAAAACUGCUGCCUAUCAUGGUGCCGAUAUGGUGGAAUUUGAUGUACAAUUAUCUAAGGAUUUUAUUCCUGUUAUCUAUCAUGAUUUUCAUGUAUCAAUUUCAUUAAAACGAAAAAAACAAAUAGAGGCAAUGGAUAUGUUGGAAAUACCCGUCAAGGAUCUCACAUUGGAACAAUUACAUCUUCUUAAAGAUUUUUGUUAUCCUGGUGAUUCAUUGGGUAAAGUGCUACAUUACAUAGAUAAAGAUGAACAGAAUAAUAAUCAAAUGGUUUAUCACUUGGCGGAAGCUCGAGAAAAAACUGCUAAAUUUUUCGAUGAAGAUCUUGAAGAUCAUCAACCAUUUCCAACGCUUAAAUCUGUACUUCAAGUACUUGAACAACACGUUGGUUGUAAUAUUGAAAUAAAAUGGACAAUGCAAUUGAAGGAUGGUACUUUUGAAUUGAAUCAUCCAUUUGAUUUGAAUGAAUAUUUGGAUAUAAUUCUUAAAGUAGUCCUUGAAUAUGGUUGCGAUAGAAAAAUUGUCUUUUCAGCAUUUAAUCCUGAUAUUUGUGCAAUGAUAAGACUCAAACAAAAUAAAUAUCCCGUUGUUUUUUUAACGCAAGGUGUAACUGCUAAAUAUCCAAUGUAUCAUGAUACAAGAUGUCAAUCAAUACCAAUGGCUAUGAGACAUGCAUUAGCAGCUGAUAUAUUAGGAAUUAAUGUACAUACAGAAGAUAUUUUACGCGAUCCUACUCAAGUAAAAUUAGUUAGAGACGCUGGUCUUAUUAUUUUCUGUUGGGGUGAGGAUAACAAUGAUAAAGUCACUAUUCAACAUUUGAAAACACUUGGUCUACACGGCGUCAUUUACGAUAAAAUUGACGAAUAUAAUGCGAAGGAAGUGAAAGAAAGUAUAUUUUUAGUUGACGCUAGAGAAAGUCAAAAAGCAUUAAUUGCUUUAGCAAGUUGUACCCAAACUUGCGGACCACCACAAUCUACAAUGCCCGGAUCAAUUAAUUCUGAAAAUAAACAAGAGCAAGACAAGGAGAUUGGAGAUUUGGCAAAAAAUUUAAGCGUUUGUGCAAAAACUUUUGGUCAAACGAUAAAAACGAAAAGUACAGAAAUUGUCGGCAAACAAACAAGUGGUAUUGGUGAAAUUUAUACAGAUGAUGAUACAGCUAAAGAUUGUCUUUGAUGUUUAACGUUUCAAAAUUUGUUAUUUUAGUACAAGGUAUUUUUUUCUUUUUUUUUAAUUAAAAAAUAAGUUGAGGAUUCAAUGGAGACAAAAUGAAUCAAUAACUAGUUUUACAAUAUUUUUUUUUCCGAAAUAAUUAAAUUAUCAUAAAUGAUUAAAAGUGCGAUUAAAUUUUGAAAAUUGUUUUGUACAAACUUUUGUUUUAAUAAGAAAAAAACAAUUUAUAUUUUCCAUUUAAAAAAACACAAGUUGUAAAUAUUUUGUUUUCAUUGAUAAAGAAACUUUUUAGCAAAUAAUUAUUAGAUUGAAAUUACGGUGAAGGAUUCUAUAUUUUUAAGAUAAUUAAUAUUCUGAUUUAAAAUUUUUAAAAAUAAUUUUUAAAUCAAAAGUAGAAAGUCUAGUUUUUUGUUAUAAUUUACAAUACAAUAAAUUAUAAAUUAAAACAAUUACAACUUUGUCUUCUAAAAAAAUAAACUACUUUUGAUAAUAAGAAUUAAAAAAAACUUAAAUUUCGUUUAAAUGCAUUUUAAGACACUUUUUUUUAAUAUCUCAAUUGUAAUUAUUGUUAACACAAAAAAAUUUUUUAAUCUGUCCAAUGUAAAAUAACUGCAACUAAUCAUAUGCUUUAAUCUCUUUAGAAUAAAUUUUACUAAAGAGUAUAAAAUUGUUAGUUCAUUGAAAAAAAGACGAUUGUAUCAAUCGUUUAAAAGUAAGGUGAUUUCUUGUAUGUAUUUUAGCACCGACAAAAUUUUUU